AUGCACGAUCUGGGAAACCAACUCGGUCAAAACACGUUCUCUAUUGUCGGUGAUCUCACCCAACUGAAUGUACGUUUCAACACACGAGUUGAUGUUGUCCUCAUCAAUAUUCUUCUUGAUGAAAUGGAAUUCUUGUCCGUAUGGGAGAUCCAAGGAACGGCCUCUAGUGAACUGGGACUCGGUGUAUGGGAUGGUUUGAUGGAGCUUGGAGGAAAUAAGCUCGUUGAUAUGAGAUGCUUCGUGUCUGGUGUAAUUUCCGAUAACGAACAUUUCAACAAAACAGAUGCCAAAUAG